AAGCCUCUGGGCUGCUGCCUGACUCCCUCAGUUGGACUCUGUCUGUCCUCUGUAUCUCAGCAUGGAGCAGAUCUACGUCAGACAUGUGGAGCUGCUGGGCUUCGAGAAACGAGAAGUCCCGAGUCAGCACUACGUCUACCUGCUGAUGGUGAAAUGGAGCGACCUCUCCGAGAAGCUCAUCUACAGGACGUACCCUGAGAUCCACACCUUUCACAAAUCGUUGAAGGAGAUGUUUCCCAUCGAGUCUGGUCAAAUAGAAAAGAGGGACAGGAUCAUUCCUUCAUUACCAGCGCCGCGGUGGGUCGACAGCCAGAAGUCGACAGAGACGAGACAGAGCACCUUGGCCGACUACUGCCACUCGCUCAUCAACCUGCCGCCUCACAUCUCCCGCUGCAAACACCUCACCGCCUUCUUCAAGGUCCGACCUGAGGACGAAAACCCAGGAGCCACAAGCACACUGAAAAAAAACAAGACAUCUGCAGGGUCCAAGGAGUUGGCCCAAGGAAACGUGGCCGAGAUCUCGGGUCCCAUCAUACUGGACACCUACAGAGUGAUUGCAGACUUCACCAAGACGUCCAAACACGAGAUCAACCUGCACACCGACGACCUGGUGGAGAUCGUGGAGAAAAAUCAGAACGGUUGGUGGUUCUGCCAGUGCGAGUCUAAACGAGGCUGGGUUCCCGCGUCCUACCUGGAGCCUCUGGACAAACCGGAGGAGCCCGAGGACGCUGAGCCAGACUACGAAGGAGAGCUGUACGUCACCGCCAACGCCUACAAGGCCGAGCAGGAGGACGAGAUCUCUCUGGAGCUGGGUGAAACCAUUGAGGUCAUUCACAAGCUGCUGGACGGCUGGUGGGUCGUCAGGAAAGGAGAAGAAACCGGUCAUUUCCCCUCCAUGUACCUGCAGAAGGCCGGGAAGAAAGAGAGGGAGGCGGGCAGGACGAACCUGCAGGGACAGAAACCUCCACCUCGCAGAUCCACCAUCAGGAACGCCAAGAGUAUCCACAACAGGUCUCGCCGGCGGCUCAGCCAGGACGUCUACCGCCGGAACAGCCGUCGGUACCUGGAGCAGAAGGGCGGCCGCCUCGCUCAGGUGCAAAGGGACUCCAAGAACGCCGCAAAGUCACCGCUGAGGGAGAGGAAGAACCAGGACAACAUCCCCGAGAUGUCCGGCUCCAGCUCGGAGAGCGAGGUGAAGAGGGAGGCUCCGGUCAUCCCUCCGCGGCCGAGCGCAGAGCUCAUCCUGGAACGCUGCACCGACAACACCCGCAAGAAAGUCAGCGUCCACAAGUCACGCUCAAGCUCCGCCAGCUAGCCCGGCAUAUUCAACGCACCUCGUAAAGUCGCAGCCUUCUGAGAGCUUUAAUACAGGAAAUAAAACAAGGCUGAUAUUAUUCUAUAUUUUACUUAUUAUUAUCAAAUCCCAUAAAAAGACCAAAACCAAUAAUGUGUUCGUCCGUCUCUGGACACCUCCGUCCCCUCUGUGGACAGACAAAACAAGAAACUAGAGCAGUAGUUUGGGGACUAUUUUGAGCGGCGGAUUAAUUCACAUUUGGAGCUGUAGUGAGUAUUUGUGGCAGCAGGACAGUGUGUGUGUGUCUGUGUGUGUGUGUGUGUGUGUGUGUGUGUGUGUGUGUUUGUGGGGGGGGGGACUGAGUCAAAAUAAACUACAGUGGGUUCAUAUGAUGAAGGAACAUGUGACCCAGUGACACAGUGUGACUCACUGAUGUGUUUUUAAUGGAUCAUUAAAAAUGGACAUCCGGCUUUGUUAAACACACAGAACUUAUUGUUUUCUUUUUUUCAUGGGAUUUGUUGACCAGAAGAAAAAUAUAGAGAAUAUCAACAGAGUUAUUCUUUGAGGUAGGUUUUCUAUAAUCCAUCACAUGGUGGUCAAAUCAAGAAUAACACUGUGGUGCAGCGCGGUAAACACGCCACGAAAAAGGUGCAAAUCUUCUACAAAGAAAAACAUCAGCCAUUAGAUUAACCACGUCACAGUGUGGAUGUUUGAUGUCACGAUCAUUAUUUUAGGCCCCUUAUCUUGUGACAGUAGUUUUUAACUUUUAACUAACCUAAAUAACAUUUGAGAUAACUAAUAUUUUAAUGCCGAAAUCUUCAAUAAAAUUUGAAUUAAUCUGAAGACAACACAUUGCUGACAGAAAUGUGAAUUAGUUACAGUUUCCUGUGUUUUACUCUGGACUUGUUUUGCUUUGUUCUGAUGCAUUGAGCUCUACUUUGCUGUUACAGUAGCUGCUACUGUCCAAGUUCACAUUCGCACUGUGAGAGAAAGAAGCUACCACAAAGAGAGGAAAUAGUUGUACUGAAAAAAAAAAAAAAAACUAAAUUUUCUGUUUAUUACUUCUGUGUGGAAGAUUUAUUUCCAAGAGCUUUGUUUUUAUUUAUUUGCUUGAUAAAUGUAUUCAUUAAUAAAACAAAAUGUUAAGCUUUUCUA